AUGUCCUCGAAGGUCCGCUCCCAGCAACGCAAGAAGAAUGCACGGUCCAUCGACUCCGAGGACCCGUGGAAAGUCGAGACCCCAUUUGGUCCUCCCCGUAUCUCCUAUUUCCCAGGCCGUGGGAUUCGACGCAUCCGCAAUACUCUGUCGAAGCUGUCACCAUCCGCACGCGCCGAGCGGGAGCUGCUCAAGCAGAAGAACAGAUACAAGAUCCCAUUAACCGAGCGAAAUGUGGACACCCUCGUUACCGAGCAGGAGUUCACGGAAGCCUGUUACCCAAACCUGCACAGUCGGGAGUUACAAGUGUCUGCCUGGCUUGAGCGAGUGUCGAACUAA